CAACCGUCUCAGCAUCAGCGCGGUAGCGGCAGCGCGCAGCCCGCGCUCUGCGCAGCGCUCGUCGCCGGGCAUGGAGACAGUUCCCGCGCGGUGAGGCGGCGGGGCGCGGCGCGCGGCCGCCGGCCAAUGGCAGCGCGCCCUCGCACGCACACACGCGCACGGACCGGCCCACUCGGAAAGCUCGCCUCUCACCUGGAGCGCUGCAGACGAGGUGAGCGCCGAGCGCCGCCACACUCCGUCGCCCGCGACUCUCGCGCCCGUACUUGCCCGCGCCGAGCUCUGCCCGGGGCCAGCACUGCACUCUGCACGCAGCCCGCCACCGCGCCCGGCGCACGGUAUCAAUGGAGAACGUGGCUCAGAUGGAGCAGCCCGACGUGCACGCCUCGGCGGAGGCUCUCGAGCUGGUGAAGAACGAGGCGCGCUCCGAGCAGGAACAGGCCCCGGAGAAUUCUAACGCCACCGACGCGGCACCCGAGCUGCACGACCAGGCGGGGCCCGGGGCCCUGCACGACCAGACGGGCCCUGCCACUCUGCGUGAAUCCUCCCCUCCCGCGCACUCCCACUCGGUCAUCACCUCGCGCCGAGCUGUGCGCACCAUCACCGCCGCGGGCCACAUCACCACGGAUGAACCCGGGGAACUCGCAAACGACGAAGGCGUCAAGGAUGAGCCGCCAGAACAGCCUCCGCUUGACGAGCAACAGUUACAAGCGCAGCACUACGCCGCCGCGAAGCUGGAGGACGCUGAGGCCCGAGAGCAGCAGCACUAUGACGAGGAGCGCCUGCGCCUCGCUGAAGCAGAAACCUCACGAUACCUCGCCUUUAAACAGGAGCCGUACCGCGCACUGUCCUCGCCCAGCGACAAGCGCGCGCCGCCGCAGUACGUGCGUCCGCCGCAGCGGCCGCCGUACGGCCGCGGGCUGGCGCUGCGGUACGGCGCCCCGCAUCACGUGAUCGUAGCACAGGAAGGUGAGGCCGAGGAGGCCGCGCACGAUGCUUUUUUACACAAGGAAAAGGAACAACUCCAGGCGUACGCGAGUGGCGAAGCUAGCUCAACUGACAACCGACAGUAUGCUGCCGUACUGAGCGACCAAGGUGCUUCCACUCUAGAAAUGAUCCAGACUACGGCUCUGAACAACCAGCAAUCGGUCGGAGUCGCAUAUCAGCAAGUGAAGUACGAGGCGCGGGGAGAAGGAGAGCCUCGGCCGACUACUUACGCGAGCCUGCAGCCAGUCACGUCAGUACACGGGGGAUACGCGUACGCGGGCCAGAGCCCUCAGUACGCCGGCGGAGGAUACGGCGCGUACGCCGCCGGGGGCAGCAAGGAACUGCUGACUCUGUACGGCGGCGGGCCGGCCACGGCGGGGGGCGCGGCGGGGGCGCGGGGGGACGAGUCCCCGCCGGGACAGCUGCUGUACCGCAGCGACCCCACGCUGUCGUCCUCGUCGCUGGCGCGCGGCACGCACGUCGUGUACGGCUCCGUGGUGCCGCAGUCCCAGGCCGUGUAUGAGACGCCGCCCAGCCCCAACUCACAACAGGUGACGCUGUACACGCACGGCAACACGGUGCAGUACAAAGUGGGAGGGGAGCACUACCUGGGCCAGGGCGGCGGCGUGGAGUACGUGCCAGUGUCGGGGUACGAGGGGGGGCUGCUGGUGGAGGGCUACCCCGCGCCCGCACAGGCCUGGCCAGCACACAACCUUCUACCCAUCGACGACGGCUUUGAUCCCAGUAUGGCAGGCAUGGGCGAGGUGAAGGAGUGCGUCAACUGCGCCGCCGCCACCACCCCGCUGUGGCGGCGCGACGGCACCGGCCACUACCUGUGCAACGCGUGCGGCCUCUACACGCGCAUCAACGGCGUCAACCGACCGCCGCUCAAGGGACAAAAGGCCAAGCCACAGCAAGCUUUGCCGACAAACGGGAACCGGCGCGUGGGCGUGACGUGCGCCAACUGUCGCACGUCCAACACGACGCUGUGGCGGCGCAACAACAACGGCGAGCCCGUCUGCAACGCGUGCGGACUCUACUACAAGCUGCACAAUGUGAACCGGCCGCUCAGCAUGAAGAAGGACGGCAUCCAGACGAGGAAGCGGAAGCCCAAGAGCAUGGGGAGCGGGCACGGCGGAGUGGCGCGCCCCGGGGCCGGGCCGCUGGCGGUGGACGCACACUCGCACAAGGUGCUGCCCCCGCUGUACGCGGCCGUGGAGGGCGCGGGGGGCGCGGGCGCGGGCGGGGGCGCGGGGGGCGCGGCACCCGCUCCGCUGCUGCUGCUGCCCGCGGCGCGCCACGCGGCCGACAUGGUACCAGCGCUAGAUCGCAGCGCGCAGCACUACCGGCCGCCGUAACAUGACACGUGCGCCCCGCGCGCCCCGGCGCCCCGCGCCCUGGGCGCCCACUGCGCCCCGUGCCCUUAGCGCCCGACUGGUUCCUCUGCACACAACGUGAGAAAGACAACUCUUCGAUAUCUACAAUUCAAGUGUCACGAUGUCAUGUCAUGCGUUUACAAAGACAUGUCGCUAAUGAUGCUCAUCAAACAAAAGGCAGCAGGAGCAGGUCAUCGACACCAAGAGUUUGGAGUUGAAAUCAAACAUAACCACAUCGCCGGGCGGUGAUGGCCGUGAACCGGCAGGAAGGUGAGGUUCAGAAACAUGGCUACGGGAGCCCAGCGAGCUGGUUGAGGGGAGUGGAGAGUGGACGCGGGGCGGGUGUCGGGGACUCAGUGACAGUGCAGUGACAGUGCGGAGUGUGGACUGCGCAGCGUGUACCGUGUACUUACGUAAUUUGUUAACUUUAGAUGUAACUCACGACGAAUUUACUAUAUCUUAUAAAUGUAUAGGUAUGUGUGUGUGUGUGCGUGCGCGUGCGCGAGUGUGUGCUAGUGUGUCUCAGUUUGUUCAGCUAAUUAGGCUUACAUAUUUAUAUUUUGAUAAAACUGUUUGAACUGUUACGAUAUAAGAGUUUACAAAAUAUGCGACAAAAUAAAAUUAUUGUUGCGAG